CCCAUUAGGGGCGGGUCCCCAUGGGGAAUGGGGAAUUCCCUCCCGUUUGCCAUCCCCAGGGCUGAUCCUUGAGUUCACGGCCCAAGGAGGAAAAAAUUGAUCGGUGUCCAUCAUGAUCAAGGGUUUUGACCCUGAAACGAAGUGAAGUUGAGCGAAGAUGUUGCAGAGGACGAUAAAAUGGUACGAAUCCCCGUUGAAUUUGAAAUCGAAGCAAUUAAGUCAACUGGUUCUUUCCAAACAUUCUUCUUCUUCUUCGCCAUUUGGAGAAACAGACGACAUUCCAACUUCGUCAGGUAUCAGCAGGCCUCUCGCUGAAAUUCUUAAACAACUCAACAAGAAGGUCCCCGAUUCCCUCGUCCGCCAACGUAUUGAUGAUGGCUUUUCUACCAAAUACAUGCCCUGGCAUGUUGUGAAUAGGAUCAUGAAUUUACAUGCUCCAGAAUGGUCUGGUGAGGUUCGCAGCAUUACGUAUUCAUCUGAUGGAAAGUCGGUCUCUGUUGUUUAUCGUGUCACACUAUAUGGGACUGAUGCUGAGAGCUGGCUGAUUGAAAAUGUGUUAAUGCUGAAACAUUUUGUCACAUUCCUUCGUAUGGGUGAGGUGAGGGGAUUGUUUGGUGGAACUAACCUUUUCAGCUGUUAAGAGCACAUACAAGCUUGAAAUCUUGACCUUGGCUUCACAUAUUAUCUUGGCUAUUUUUAUAUCUCGCUGUGUGGUUUUCCUUAUCCUGUAAUACUAAUGGUUUUUAUGGUGCCUACAUUAAGUACCCCAAUCGAAUUUUAUAUUUUCCUUAUGAUUUUUUUAAUUGAAAUUGAGUCUUAGGCUAA